GCAGCCUCAGGUCAGCUCGGCCCCCCUCCUCCCCGCCACCGCCCAGAGGAGCGGGGUUAAGGAGGGCCAGGAGGAGGAGCUGGGGCUCUCUGGCCAGGAGGUGGGAAAGGGAAAAGGAGCUGGGCUCAGACAGAGCCCGCACUGCAAAGCCGGCCCGUCCCUCCAGCCUGCAGAGCGGGGCCCGGCGAGUCCCAAGCGCUUCUCCGCCCUGGCCAAACUUUGCCGGGGCUGCGCCCACGGGCCCUCCCUCGUGCUCGGCGCCGGCAGGAGCGGGGCGCACCCCGGCAGCUCCCCUCGAUCCCCCCCACCCCUGCGCCUUGCUCCGAUCCCGCCGCGACCCCUAGCGCCUGCCCGGGGCAGGUGGGCAGCCGGAGCCGCUGUGGCGAGGGGCAGGGAGCGAAGAGGCGGCUCCGCCAGGUCCGGGGAGCGCGCGUGUGAGGUCCCGACCCCCGAGCCCGGCGGGAGCAUGUUGUGCUGCGGCUCCGCCGCGCUCCUCCUGGCCCUGACCGGGCUCUCGCUGAGCAGGGUGCCCGGGGCCCAGGGCGCCGCCUGCGAGCCGGUCCGCAUCCCCCUGUGCAAGUCCCUGCCCUGGAACAUGACCAAGAUGCCCAACCACCUGCACCACAGCACCCAGGCCAACGCCGUCCUGGCCAUCGAGCAGUUCGAGGGGCUGCUGGGCACCCACUGCAGCGCCGACCUGCUCUUCUUCCUCUGCGCCAUGUACGCGCCCAUCUGCACCAUCGACUUCCAGCACGAGCCCAUCAAGCCCUGCAAGUCGGUGUGCGAGCGGGCCCGGGCCGGCUGCGAGCCCGUCCUCAUCAAGUACCGCCACGCCUGGCCCGAGAGCCUGGCCUGCGAGGAGCUGCCAGUCUACGACCGCGGCGUCUGCAUCUCCCCAGAGGCCAUCGUGACCGCUGAGGGAGCCGAUUUCCCUAUGGAUUCUAAUAAUGGCAACUGUAGAGGCUCCAGCAAUGAGCGUUGCAAAUGCAAACCUAUUAAAGCUACCCAGAAGACCUAUCUUCGGAACAAUUAUAACUAUGUCAUUCGGGCUAAAGUGAAGGAGGUGAAGACUAAAUGUCAUGAUGUCACCGCAGUUGUUGAAGUAAAGGAGAUACUAAAAUCUUCCUUGGUGAAUAUUCCUAAGGACACUGUUAACCUUUACACAAACUCUGGCUGUCUAUGCCCACCCCUCAGUGCCAAUGAAGAAUACAUUAUAAUGGGUUAUGAAGAUGAGGAACGCUCCAGGUUACUCUUGGUAGAAGGCUCCAUAGCUGAGAAGUGGAAGGAUCGUCUUGGUAAAAAAGUAAAGCGCUGGGAUCAGAAACUCCGUCACCCUGGAAAGGGCAAAAAUGAGCCUGGACAAAGUGAUUCUGCUCAAAAGUCUGGCAAGAACAGUAAUCCACGACAAACACGCAACUAAAUGUGAAAAGCUAUGUAAAAAUCAAUGGACUAUAUAUUAAGACUUGCAUUGUUGGAGCAGCAAGGGAGAAAUUGCACUAUUGCACGUUAUAUUCUAUUGUUUACUACAAAAUCAUGUUGUAGCUAAUUAGUUAUUUUCCCUCAUUUUCUGCCUUUUUUUGAAGGGGGGGGUGUAAAUCCUGAAAAUUUAUAUAUAUCAUCUCAGUAAUAACUGCAGAAAACUGCCCUUAUGAGGUAAAAAUAGGAGGACACAUUUACUGAAGUUAAGACAGGGUGGUGGUUUUAUCAGUGGGGCCACGUUGCUUAGAGAGAGACUUCAACAUAGGAAUGGAAUCUGGCCAGACCAGGCCCUUUUCAAAAAAAAAAAAUUGACUUUAACCCAGCUUCUCUGCUCCUGUCCCUUUUUCUCACAUGCUUGAUCAUGGCUGCAGCAACUGGGUUAUUUUAAUGUAUAAGUUUUAAUCUGAAAUAUAAUGGCCAUAUCUACACAUAAAUUAAGAAUUAUAUGGCACUUCUGGAAAGACACUGAAAAGCAAAAUUAAUUGUUAGCAGCAGCAAAGUGGUAAGGGAAAUUUUGACUGAUGAAAACCAGUUUAAAUACUUAGCUCUACAGUUAUCUAACAACAACAACAAAAAAACAACUAAUCAGCAUUAAGGAAGAGAUUAAUGUUAAAAGUGGUGGUCUACAGCACAACCCUUCAGUUUGCUUACUCUUAAAUAAGCCACUAUGUAAGGUUAAGUCUUAACUUACAUCUAUCACAACAAAAACACAUGGGACUUCUUAAAUGCUUUAAUCCUUGUGGGAAAUGUAUAGUUCUGUUAACUUACAACAUAAUUUACAAUAUACUUGCUCUCGUAAUGGCAGUUCCUUCCCCCUCCUUCCCUCCCCCCCCCCAUCGUAGGAGUAGACUGACUUACCAGGCCUGCUUCUCAGAAUAGGUCUGCACUUUAUCGUUUUGAUUUUGUGGUGUUAUUCUUAUUUCUGUGCCUACAUAAACAGCAGUGUUUAAUGCUCAGUAAAAUAUGUUUAAUAAAAAUUAUAGUUGUCAGAGACCUUAUCCUGACUUUUGCACCAAAUGAAUGUUUAAAAUCCAUGAUUUAUUAUCGUCCACAGUGUAUGCCAGCGCGCAAAAAAAAACAACACCCUUCAUUUUCUUCCUUCAAUAGAAUUUUUUAGUCAGUGCCAACAAUUUGAAAUCAUUUUUUUUUAAAAGUAUAAUGAUGUAAGUAGAAUACCAGGCUUCUGUGCUAUAGUGUACAGAAAAUAAAACA